AUGGGCGAGCUGUAUCCUGAAACCAAUGGCAGUCAGCCAGACUGCGUGAAUGAGCAGCCCUGGGGUCCUUCCAUGCUGGACGAGGACCCCGUCUGCAUAAUUGGUAUGGCCUGCCGGUUGCCUGGCGGGAUCAAGUCGCCAUCCGAUCUCUGGGACUUUCUUGUGAAGAAGAAAAGCGCCCAAGAGAAGAUACCUCCUAGCCGCUUCAAUGUCCAAGGCUUCUAUUCCCCGUCCGGGGAUAAGACCGGUAUCAACAACCUCGAGGCCACCUACAUGGACCCCCAGCAACGCAAGCUUCUCGAGGCCACCUUCGAAUGUUUCGAAAGCGCCAAUGUCUCGACGGAGCAGGCUUCAGGCGACAAUAUAGGCGUCUACGUCGCUAGCUUUACUGACGAUCACUUCCUCAUGCAAAUGCGCGACCCCGACAGCCUGCACAGAUAUCACGGCACGGGAUCUGACACUACUCUGCUGGCCAAUAGGUCAGUCAUGUGUUCAAUCUUCACGGCCCCAGCUUUGCUCUGGAUACCGCUUGCUCGUCAUCUAUUCACUGUCUCCACGCCGCUGUAA